AUGGCUAGAUACACAACCAUCAGGCUACCAAACGACGCCCCAAGUCUGGACCUGGAUGGCCCGGUGCAGUCUGAGGGAGAUGCGGCAUUAAAUCCUGAGGUACUUCGGCAAGAGCGGGAACGACACGUGAUCGACUAUCUCCUUAAAACGUUUGAAACUGAAGUUCUGGGUACGAUGAAAAAAAAGGAGGGCGAGCGUCUUCACAUCAGCGCCAAGACGCUCUCGCUCAAGCGUGGCCCGGAGGCGCAAGUGAUACAGACCCCAGCAGGGCGAAGCAUUGCUGUGCCACUGUCUAAUAAGAUGGCUGGCAAAUAUAUCGCUCUGAUAAACAGAAAAGAGCCCGGACGCUCAGGACUCGAAUGUGAUGUAGCCACGAAUUAUUCUUGCGCUCGAGGCACCGCAUUGGUGCUGGACGAAGGCAUGACACUCGCUAUACCAGCAGAAGGAGAUGACUACCCUGACUGA